AUGUCUUCUUAUAGCCAAAGCAUUGAGAAGUUGCUUGAGCUGCUAGCCUUUUUGAUUCACUUGAGCAGUGGUCUUCCGGCUCGGUCAAAUGAGCUCCUAACCCUUCGGCACCGCAAUACCGCCGCAGGGGGCAUCCGCAAUAUCUUCCUAGACCAAGGGCUAGUUAUGCUAGUUACUGGUAUUCAUAAGGGCUUUUCUAGGUCAGAGAGACUCAAAGUUAUCCACCGCUUCCUUCCUCAGGAGGUUGGAACCCUUUUAGUCUAUUAUCUCUGGCUUAUCUUGCCCUUCUGGGAAGCUAUGCAGGCUAAUUUUGACCCUAGCUCUCAGGGCUCUUUUUCCCCCUUUCUCUGGAAGACCUCUAGCCUAGAUGGCGAUGAGGCUUAUGGCAAGAAGGUAGAGGCCCUAGGGGAUAACCCCCAGCUACAGCAGCUGCAGGCCGAGCUAGGCUUCUAUAGCCCUAGAAGCUCUCCCUUUGUGGCCCUGAGAGGUAGCCAGGCUGAUAGCCCUAGGCUGCAUAUAGGGCUUGCAGCAGGCUCUUGGAAUUCAGCUAGGCUUAGCCGGGUCCUUAAGCGCUGGGGCAAGUUGGCUGGCAUUGAGUCUCUUACUAUUAGUAGCUGGCGGCAUAUAGCUAUUGCCCUAGGCCGCCGCUAUAUCCGGGAUGCAGCUAUUACUAGCCAGGGGCUAUAUAGCGAAGUCGACCACGGAGAUAGCAAAGCUUCCGGCUUCUUAGUGAAGAGUGGCACUUCUUGCUUGGUUUCCCCUCUGCCCCUGGCUUCUCAAGGGCAACUAUCCCCUCGGGCUCAAAGAGAGGCCCUAGCUGCCGUUGACCUUGAGCAUUUCCAGGAGCUUCAAGUAGCCCGCUGGAAGCAGCUACGCAAGGUUAACCUUGACCUUGAGCUGCAGAGGCUGCUCGGCUCUAACGCCACCUUCCGGCAAGGCCAGAAGCCGAUUCUAGAGGCCAUCAUGAGUAAUAGGAAUCCAAUCCUAGCCAUCAUGCCCACUAGCGGCGGCAAGAGCCUUCUAUUUCAGUUGCCGGCUGCUAGCUGCCCAGAUAGCAUAACUAUAGUAGUUGUGCCGCUGGUCUCGCUGCUAGGCAACCUCCUAGACCGCUGCCAAGCUAUGGAUAUCCCUGCUGCUCAGUGGCAGGCUGAUGGGGCACCAAGGGGGGCUUCUAUUAUCUUUGUGACGCCCGAGUCAGCUAUGACAAAGCGGUUCCAGGCCUAUCUAGAUGGCCUCCAAGCCCUAACCCGCUUGACCGCAUAG